AGAAAUUUGUAAUUAAGACAUGCAUAUCCUCUUCCCAUAUAAAGAUACACAGAUCAUCGCUCAGAGGCUUGAGAUUGUCUCUCCAUCUUUGCUACUGCUUAGACAAAAACAGUUACAGUCGUCAUGAUGAUCAAGUCUUUGGCUCUCUUCACUCUCAUCACCGCUGCCUCGGCGCGAAAGUGCACAAACAUCACAGUCCCUGUGUCACUUACCUCUCAAAAUGCUGUUUUCACCAUUGAGGCGCCGUUGACGGGUAUUGAAGUGACGAGCCUUGCUGUCAAUCUCGCUCGUCAGGGUGCACCUCCAUAUCCUGAACAGGUGCAAAAGGGUUUUACCACUGUUUCGGGUAAUUAUGAACUCACCGCUACAUAUUGCGAACCCGAUGCCGGUCCUGGAAAGGAACUUCAGAUCAUGACGCACGGCAUCGGCUUUGAUAGAAGUUACUGGGACUUUCCUUACAACAACUACAACUACAGCUAUGUUGCGCGCGCAGUCGAUGAGCACGGCUACUCGACUCUUACCUGGGACCGUCUUGGAGUCGGUGCUUCUUCCAAGGGUGAUCCAUUGAACGAGAUCCAGGUUUACCUUGAGAUUGCAGCUCUCAAGGCCCUCACUACCAAAGCUCGUGAAGGAUCUCUUGGGGUAGGAUGCAAGUACUCCAAGGUCGUUCACUUGGGGCAUUCGUUUGGGUCGGUCAUUAGCUAUGCGCUCGCGAAUGAGAGUCCUGAACUCACUGAUGCUGUUGUCUUGACGGGCUUUUCGCAGGCGACUGCUUAUUUGGGGCUAUUCGCAGUUGGAAGCAACUUCAUUCCUAUUACUGCUACACCUCUCGCCGAUAAGUAUCCCGCUGGCUACGUCGGUGUGUCGUCUACAGUGGGCAUACAGAUCAACUUCUUUGCAGAGGGCGACUUUGACCCCAAGAUUCUGGAAGUGGCAUAUGAGAAGGGCCAGCCUGUUUCGCCUGGUGAACUUCUUACAUUGGGAGCACCAGCUGGGAAGAAUAACACAUACACUGGUCCUGUCCAGAUCGUGACUGGCUCACGCGAUGUACCUUUCUGUGGCGAUAACUGCUACUCUACAGGCAGCGUAGACCCCAAGCUGCCCUCAUUACUCGACAUAUCGAGACAGUUCUUUACACAAGCUUCGCGAUUCAACACAACCGUUGUGCCAGGUGCAGGUCACGGAUUGAACUUUGGAUAUUCACACACUGUCACUUACGAUGCUAUUCUCGAGUUUCUCUCAGAAUCGGCUUGAUGCCUUCUUCCACCUUCUGUCGCAUAUUAUUCUUUCAGUAUCUAUUGUACAUAGUCUACUUUGCAGCUAAUACAUUUCGUUAUUUGUUCAAACGGACCAUUAAUUCAUCCGUCAGGUUCCCAUCUCAAAUCUCCAUCAGCUCAUUAUCAAGUUUUAUUUACC